ACGUCGUUGAUGUGCCCAACAUAACGACAAAAAUGUGAAAUUUGGUGUGUAUCUUCAGUAAACUACGAUUGUCUUUGCUGGUUUUGCCAGCGUGGCAAUUAUUUUGAAGUCAAUUUCCUUCUUCGUAUUGCUUCUACUCCUAUUUUGGUCGUCGUGCUUGAUUGUGCUUAUGAAUUUGUCGACAAACUGGUAGCUAAAAUAGUCAUUUGAUGUGCCGACGAGCUUUCGCUCUUUUGUAUCAUCAGCGAUGUCACACAGUGGUGUGUAUAUCGUCCAGGGCGAGAUUGCCCUGGUGCUUGCCGCCAUGAAGAAGGGAAGCAGAUGGCGUCAGGACGAUGAUCAGGAUCCAUUGGUGGACGGCUUCUCUCAGCUGAAGGAGGUGCUGACUGGCGUUGCAGACCUUGCGCAGCUGGACCCCGACGAGUACUUAACGCCGUUUCUGGACGUGAUCAAGUCGGAGGACACCACCGGUCCGAUCACCGGCGUUGCCUUGUCAUCCAUACACAAGUUUCUGUCGUAUGGUACCAUAGACGCCAGCAUGGCUUCAAGUGCAGCUGCCGUGGCUAACCUGGCUGAUGCAGUGACACAUGCACGCUUUGUUGGCACCGACCCAGCCAGUGAUGAAGUCGUGCUGAUGAAGAUCCUGCAGGUUCUGCGCACUCUGCUUCUCACCGAGGUUGGUAGCUUGAUGACAGACGAAUGUGUGUGCGAGAUCAUGCAGUCUUGUUUCCGCAUCUGCUUUGAAGCACGGCUAAGCGACUUGUUGAGACGCACUGCAGAGCAGACCCUAAUGGAUAUGAUGCAGCUGCUUUUCUUGAGGUUACCACACCUAACGGAGAGUGCUCGCAUAGCUGCAGCGACGGCGGAAAUCCACAUGUUACAUCGUAGCUCAUCAUCCGGCCAGCCGUCAUCACCCACUGAAACCAAGACAGUUGACCUGAACGAGAAAGACCGCCAGCCCGUUGCCACCGUGUCCAAUGCCAACGGUCCUGUCGGGUCUCGCACGGGUAGCGGGGAGACUGCCACGUCGCAGCCGACUCCACCGGAGAUUCUGUCAUCGGAUGAAGCCAACGUGGGUGGUGGCUCCUCCGCUAGUGCCGGUGUGGUGCUGACUGAUCAGCCGCUUGGUAUGCUGUUGGACAACGCCCAGCAGCUAGACACGGAGGGGGAUAGUUCAACGGAGGGUGGUGGCCGCUCUUACCUCGACAGCGACACGGACAACUUUGCCAACACGCACGGUGUCCGCUUUAGUCAGCAGCCACCCAAAGAGAGACUACAGCCGUAUGGACUGUCGUGUGUUUGUGAACUGUUCCGCUUCCUGAUAUCGCUAUGCAAUCCAGCUGACAAACACAACUCGGAGAGCAUGAUUCACACGGCACUGUCAUUACUGACUGUAGCGUUGGAGUGUGGUGCAGCAGCCAUGAUGCAUUUCCCGUCACUCGUCGGACACAUUCAGGAUGACCUCUGCCGACAUCUAUUUUCGCUGCUCAAGUCACCAGGUCUCUCACUCUAUGCUGGUGGGCUACGAGUCUUCUUCCUUCUAUUCGCUUCCAUGCGCCAGAUUCUUAAAUUUCAGCUUGAGAUGUUCCUCACUAACCUUCAAGAACUCAUAGCUAGCGACGCACAGCAAGCCACCAUUGAGCGCAAGGAGAUUGCUCUGGACUUUCUUGUUCAGCUGUGCCGUGUGCCUGGCUUUGCUGCCGAGCUCUACAUCAACUUUGACUGUCAGCCAUACACACAGGAUGUACUGGGCGGACUGACAAAACUCUUGUCUGAGCAUGCUUACCCGGUAUCUGGAGUGCAGAGCACACAUCGUCUGUGCGUCGACGCACUCCUGGCCAUCGUUCAGGCCAUUGACUCGUCGAGCACCGGCUCUGGCGGUUCCGCAGCGGCCACCAACAUCACACUGCAACAGUCGCGCACCCGCUUUGACAAGACGCUGCAGUCGCUGGCCAGCCCCGUCAAGUUUGGCUUUGGCAUGCGUCGCUGCAACAGCGACCCGCGCCUGUAUUCCAGCGCCGGUAGCGACCAGGAGCCUGCAUCGGCGACUCAGCCAGCUGCUCAAGAUGCCGGGGCUCCGCAUCUCCCACCCGGUUCGCCGCAGCAGGUGGCAUCCUGGAUGCAAACGUCUGCCCUUCCGACUGGCGAAGCUGCAGGCAAUCCUCCUAGCUAUUUCUCGUCCACAGCUAUGGCUGCCGCUAGUCAAACUGAGACGCAGCACCGCCCCAUGACUAAUCUGUUUGGCGUCGACUUCUUCAACUCCAUGCCCACCGCCAAGCAGCUGAUCGAGGUCAAGCAGAAGAAAAAGCUUCUCCUAGUCGGUACAGACCUGUUCAACAGCAAGCCAAAGAAGGGACUGACAUUCCUGCAGGAGCACGGCAUCUUCAGUAGCACUGUGACGGCAGAGGAGUGUGCCGACUUCUUGAAGAACAACUGCCGUCUGGACAAGAAGGUGAUUGGGGAGUACAUUGGCGAGAGGAAGAACACCGAGGUCAUGGAGCAGUUUGUCAGAAAGUUUGACUUUGCCAACCAGUCCAUGGAUGUGGGUCUUCGUCAGUUUUUGGAAUCGUUCCGACUUCCCGGAGAGGCACCGGUCAUUCUGCGCUUGCUGGAAGCUUUCUCUGCGUAUUGGCUGGAGUGCAAUCCCGAAGCACAGGAGCAGGUGGCCGAAGCAGAGUCAGCGUCAGUGUUGGCGUACGCCAUUAUCAUGCUGAACACGGACCAGCAUAAUCCUAGGAGUGUCAACCCCAUGACUUUCCAGGAUUUCAAGCGUAACCAGCGUGGAACCAAUGGUGGAAAGAACUACCCAGACGAGAUGCUGAUGGAAAUCUAUAAGAAUAUCAAGGAGAAUGAGAUUGUGAUGCCAGCGGAGCAGACAGGGGAGGUCAAGGAAAACUAUCUCUGGAAGUUGCUCCUCUCUCGUGGUACGUCGUCCGAAGGUCGUUUCCGUCAUGUCAGCAAUGGCCAGUUGGACCAGGAUGUAUUUCACCUUGUAUGGGGAUAUGUUGUAGCAGCGCUGUCAUGUAUAUUUGAGAAUAGCCAGCGCCAAUCCGUCGUCGUCAAGUCUAUGAUCGGCUUCAAGAAAUGUGCAAGCGUGGCAGCUCACUUCCAGUUGAGUGACGUCUUUGAUAAGCUGAUCAUUGCGCUCUGCAAGUUCACCCUUCUCCUAAACCCACCCGAUAGCACUGAAAGUUUUGCCAGCAUCUUUGGCAGCAACCCAAAGGCACAGCUCACCACGCGGACUCUCUUCUCUCUUGCACGGCGAUACGGGGACAUUAUCUCCGAAGGCUGGAAGUACAUUCUGGACUGCGUACUGCAGCUCUUCCGUGCUCGCCUCCUGCCGGAAUCGCUCACCAAGGUGGAUGACUUUGUCGACCCCAGUGGCUCGGUGUGCCUGCUGCGUGAAGAGCAGACAUCACAAAAAUCUGAUUCAUGGUUUUCUUGGCUGGAUUCCGGCGCGGGUCGCAAGGCGUCUGCCGAGGAGGUCGAGUCUCAGAACCGCGCCUCUCAGUGCAUCAAGGAUUGUAAAGUGGAGCUGCUCAUCACUGAGAGCAAAUUCCUUCGCAUCGAGUCGCUCAAGGAGCUUGUGAAGGCACUGAGGUUUGGCUCGCAUGGCCCAGCAAUGCACCAAAGUCUGGGCACUCAGUUUGACGAGGACUCGGCUAUCUUCCACCUGGAGCUGCUAAUCAGCAUAGCCAUCAAGAACAGAGAUCGUCUCUCACCCAUCUGGCCGGAACUGCGGGAUCACCUAUCCCAGCUGAUCAGUACUGCAUCGCAACCCACGCGGUUGGUGGAACGAGCCGUUGUAGGUCUUCUGCGGGUGAUCAUUCGCCUUCUCAGAAGAGAGAAGAUGGUCAAUGAGGUUCUACCCAGCUUGCAAAUCCUCAUCCACAUCCAGCCGGAAAUCUGGACGGCCCUGAGGCGGCAGAUUUCUUUCGGCAUCUUCGAGCUGAUGCGUACUUGCUCUGCGUCCAUUACCAACACCAAGGACUGGGCGACCAUACUCUUGCUUCUCGAGUACACAGGAAGUCAGGUACCAAUGCAGCAAGCUACAUUGCUUUUCCACACUAGUUCCACGGCAAGUGAGGAGAGUGACUCCGGUGUCAGCAUGAGUCCAGCCAGAUCCGCAGCACCAGUGAAUGUGUCUACUGCGGCAGCCACCGCUGGCAGCAGCGGAGACGUGACUGACGAUCUCCUGCUCUCUCAGUGGAUCCAGGCAGCCGUGCCCGAGACUGCCCGCCGCGUCGUCGACGACUUCGACUCGCUGGCGCGCAGCUGCGAGUCGCUGGCGUGCAUGGUGCGCGACCGGCGCAUGCUGAACCGCUCCAACAUUGCCAUGUGCGUGCACGCCGUGCGCACCCUCGGCCAGGCCACCUCAUCCGGCGUUGUCGUGGCAACCUCGCCCGGUCUCCGCGGCGACACGGUGCCGCCGACGACCGGCGGUGGCGCCGGUGGUCGCACCCAGUCGCCGGUGCACAGCAGCAGUCCUGGCGGUCCGCAGCUCCGCAGUGCGCCUGUGCCUACGUCGGCGAACGGAGCCACCAGCCCUGCUGUUGCCGGCGGAGUCGGUGGUGCGGGUGCCGGUGCCGGAGGAAGACGACAGCGUACGGUGGAGACAAACCAUACCAACCUGUCCAAUCAGAUCAUGGACCUGAUGCACACGCUGCACGAUCAUGCCACCACACUGUUCGUGGAUCCGAACGAUGCCCUACCGGCCAGGCAGAAUUGUGAGCAGCGUUGGGUAUGGCGUCACUGCUGGUGUCCAUUGCAACGCGGCAUAGCGCAGUUCUGCUGUGAUCGGCGUGCACCCGUGCGACAGAUGGCCUUCACGUACCUGGAGAAGACCACACACCGGUGCUUCCUGUACGCCGAGGAGUGGCACGCCUGCUUCAUGGAGGUUCUGUUCCCACUCAUGUCAGUGCUGCUGCGCGACAUUGAUCCGGGACACAUGGAGGAAAUGCGAAAGCGAGCUAGUCAUCUUGCCAUUAAGGUUUUCUUGCAACACCUGGGUCCACUGUCUCAGAUGAACGAGUUCCUGCGCCUCUGGAUGGACCUGCUGGAGUUUUUCCAUCGCUUUGUCGUCGUGGGCAGUACAGACCUGGAGGAGCACAUAGUCGAGUCGUUGAAGAACGCCUUGCUGGUCAUGGCCACGGCCGACGUUCUCAACUCGUGUCGCUACGGCAAGCCACCGCAGUCGCCGGCGUGGCUGGAGGUGCGCAAGCGCAUCACCCAGUUUGCACCCAACUUGUGGAAUGAGGUGUUCCGACCUGCAACACCAGCAUCAGCGGCAGCAGGAGUACCGGCAGCACAAGCUGCUCAAGGUCAAGUCACGGCACCGUCACAAAUGCCAGCCACCCUGUCUGCGGACGAGGGCCAAGUUGCUGCUGCAGCUGCAGUUACUGGAGAGGUUACACUUGCUCCGGCAGCGCCAGCCGUCUCCACCAGUAUGCCUGCUCCCGGCGGAGCAGCAGUUACAUCAGCCAUCGUGAGCGGCUUGCCUCCGCGUGCCAGCUCCGCUUCACCGGCCCUCAGUGGCUUGCCCCUACCUGCAAGUGCAACAGGAGCAGCAGUAGUAGUAGCUGCGCCGUCGAGCGCUGCAGCAGCGGCGGCAGGAUUACAGCCUUGCACUGCGACGGUGUCACCACCACAGCCUGCUGCGGCUGGGGGUCUGGGUGGAAGUGGGUCGUCGCCGGUCAGAGCUGGUUUGCCUGCUCCCAGCGGCAGCACACCACCGCCAGGGGGAGCUGUAUCGCCCACCGUCUACUCAGUCUGAUGCAAACCUGAUGUGUAGAUCUACGUGAAGAGCUGCCGUCUACUCUGUGUGAUGCAAACCUGAUAUGCAUGUGAAGGGCUGUAUCACCUACAAUCUAAUUGUUACUCAGUCUGAUGCGAACCUGAUGUGUACAUGGAGAGCUGUAUGACACACCGCCUACUCAGUCUGACAGAAACCUGAUGUGUAUGCGAAGAGCUGUAUCACCCAGCAUGUACUCAGUCUGACAGAAACCUGAUAUGCAUGUGAAGGGCUGUAUCAUGUACUCAGUGUGAUGCAAACCUGCUGAUGUGUACGUGAAGAAGUGCCAUCGGGACUCUCCCUGUCCUGCAACAUUCAUCAUCUUCAUUUUUUAUUUACUAGAAAUUGCCCUGCACGUGCUUAUUUCAUUUUCUCUUUUGCGUCGAGAAUGUUAUUAUUGUUGUUUUUUAAAUUAUUAGCCAAUGCUUAGUGUUUCGAUAUUGAAGCCUGUCCGCCGCCGCCGCCACCGCCUGCCCGGGAACAUCACAUCCCGGAGAAUGGCUCAAGUGCUGCAGGUAUCAUUGGCUGUCCCCCACCGUGCGUGGCUAUCUCCUUGGCUGCCCCCUAACCGUGGCUGGCUACGUUGCUGUCUUCACGGAACGCACCACCGCAUCUCGCUGCUUCUGCUGUUUAGCUAGCCUGUAGUAUUUUGUGGCGCAGUUCCUGCCCUUUUUUGCCCCCUCUGCCCACAAUUCGCUUUUUCAUGGCAUCCGUUCACUGCCAAGUUACCCUAUUAUCCAUAUUGAACAAUAUUUUCAAUUCUGUGCUGCUUACCGUAUCACAGCGCUCCCUGUCCUGUCUUGCUUUUUUUCCUGUAUUGUGUGAGUCGCUGCUGGUUUUCUAGUGUGGACGAUUGAAGCUGUACGUACUAUACAGUAUGUAGAUUGUGUAUUCUAUUCCCGCUAGUUUUCUUUUUAUUCGCAAUCCCAGUGUUCAGAUGUUGCUCUCUGCCAUCUGUAAUCUGUCUC